AUGCCAGCCCCUCUGGAGACCUGCCUCUCUGACCUCGGCUGGGCCAGCAGCAACAGCGGCGGCAGCGACCAGUCUGGCUUCCUCACCGACGAGGAGGACUGUGCCCGGCUCCAGCCACCGGUCCCCACCUCAGGGCCGUCCGCGCCGCCCCGUAGGGGUGCUCCCGGGAUCUCUGGGGCGCCCGAGGUUCCAGGGGCGCAGGACGAUGAGCAGGAGCGGCGGCGGCGCCGGGGCCGGGCACGCGUGCGCUCCGAGGCGCUGCUGCACUCGCUGCGCAGGAGCCGGCGCGUCAAGGCCAACGACCGCGAGCGCAACCGCAUGCAUAACUUGAACGCCGCGCUGGACGCACUGCGCAGCGUGCUGCCCUCCUUCCCCGACGACACCAAGCUCACCAAGAUCGAGACGCUGCGCUUCGCCUACAACUACAUCUGGGCUCUGGCGGAGACACUGCGCCUGGCGGAUCAAGGGCUGCCCGGAGGCGGUGCCCGGGAGCGCCUCCUGCAGCCGCAGUGCGCCCCCUGCCUGCCCGGGCCCCCGAGCCCCGCCAGCGACGCCGAGUCCUGGGGCUCCGCUACUGCCGCCUCCCCGUGCACUGCCGCUGCUUCGCCACUGUCUGACCCCAGUAGCCCCGCAGCCUCUGAAGACUUCGCCUACGGUCCCGGCGACCCCCUUUUCUCCUUCCCCGGCCUGCCCAAAGACUUGCUGCACACGACGACCUGCUUCAUCCCUUACCAAUAG